AUGAAUGGCCCAGGCAGCAGCAUAGAGAAGCCCGAUGUGAGGAUGAUCGGCGAUGUCCACGACGCACGUACGGAUAUCCUCACCUUCUCGCCGGAGAAGGAGAAGCGGCUCGUCCGGAAGCUGGACCUCUGGAUCAUGCCCCUCAUGAUGUUCACAUAUACCCUGCAGAGCUAUGACAAGGGGAUCAUGCGCUCUGCCUCACAGUUCGGUUUCAACGAGGAUCUUGGCCUGACCGUUGUCAUUGGACAUGGAGCCAAUGGAGCCGCCAUCACGGAUGAUCAACGGUACUCUAAUGCCGCCAUGAUGUUCUAUAUUGGCUACUUGGUCGGGAUGUACCCGAUGAUGUACCUCGCCCAGCAUCAUUCCGUAUCACGUGUGAUAUCCUUGGCGACUUUCUUCUUCUGGGGCGCCGUGGUAAUGUCUACAGCCGGCUGCAGCAACUAUGCAGGGAUCAUGGUUGCUCGUUUUGUGCUUGGCCUACUGGAAUCGGCGGUGGCUCCCACCUUCACGGUCCUGGUGACAUUCUGGUGGACCCGUGAUGAGCAGGCGCUACGCACGGGGCUAUGGUACUGUUGUGUCGGUGUCGCUACUACCAUCUCGCCUCUCAUCAAUUGGGGACUAGGCCACAUCAAGGGCCCGCUCUACCCAUGGCAGCCCAUAUUUCUAGUUCUAGGCGCCAUCACAAUACUGUGGUCGUUUGUGCUUUUCUUCGCCUUGCCCGACGACCCGUACUCGACCAAGAGACUCAGCGAGUCAGAGCGCGCUCUAGCGAUCCAGCGAUUAAAGCGCAACAAUGCGGGCACCAUCACGCAUAAGUUUGAUAAGUCUCAGUGCCUCGAAGCAUUUCGAGAUUUCAAGAUGUAUAGCUGUGCACUCAUCAUUCUUCUCACCGGUGUUCCCUCUGGUGCUCUUGGCACUUUUGCUACGAUUGUGAUCAACGGGUUCGGCUACGGUCAUUUCGAAUCUCUAGCUUUGACGUGCCCGAUUGGAGCCAUCACAGCACUGGCUAUCCUAUUGGUUAGCUAUGUGACUCGGAAAUGGGCCGACACUCGCUACUUAUGCAUAAUUGUCUGUGCGCUGAUAUCCAUUGCUGGCACAUUGAUUUGCUGGUUUGGUCCCCGCAGCAAUAGGGGUCUACUGUUCGCUGGUAUUUUCCUCAUCGCAGUCCAAGUGGCCUCGGGCGGCUUGGCUGUUUCCUUAGCAGCUUCGAAUAUUGCCGGCCACACCACUUCGCCGGGACCACUUUACCGCGCGGGUUUCAUUGGUAGCUUUGUGUGUUUAUGUGGUGUAGUGGUGAUCAGUGGGGUGACAUGGGUCUACCUCCGCAGAGAAAAUGCGAAACGGGGUGCAAAAUCCCCGGCUACUGAUGGGAGCCAGGUUCCCUCGAUUGAAGAGAACUUGACGGACAUGGACAACCAUGCAUUUCGCUAUGUCUUAUAG